AGAGAGAGAAGAGAGAGAGAGAGAGAGAGAGAGAGAGAGAGAGAGAGAGAGAGAGAGAGAGAGAGACACUACCCAACCCCAGCAGAGCGUAGAGGCGUCAGACGGCCGCCAGAGCAUCCCAGUUACGCACUGCUCAGAGGCCCCGCAUCGACGGUUUGCAGCGCCAGAACCAGCUGAAGAAGAAGUCAACGUAGCCGGGCACACGGCCACAUUUACAGUCAGUAAUGGAGAGCCUGCUGGAUAAUCCAAUGAAAGCCGUUCUUUACCUGAAGGAGCUCACCACUAUCGUGCAGAACCAGCAAAGCCUGAUCCAGACGCAGCGCCAACGCAUCGACGAACUCGAGCGAAAGGUGGAGGACCUGAUAGGAGAGAACCGACAGUUGCGGGAUCCCCAUCACUACGUCCAGCAGCCCGCUCAACAUCUCCACCACCACCACCACCAGACUCACCGCAGCAGCAGUCCCCAGGCGCCGGCCAACCUCCAUCAGCACCCGGGAAGCAACAAAGCUGCGGCUCAUCUCGGCCAGCAGGCGCAGCAGCAGCAGCCGCCGCUGCAGCCGCAGCAGCAGCAGCAGCCGCAGCAGCAGCAGCAGCAGCAGCAGCAGCAGCAUCAUCAGCAUCAGCAGCAGCAGCAGCAGAUUCCCGGUCUAUCGGCCCAGCCUCAGCAGCAUCCGACCCCUCCUGCGCCGUCCUCCCACCACCACCCGCAGCAGCUGCAGCUCGUCCCCACCUCGCCGCAGUCGCCCAAAGCGAACCAAGCCAGCCCGGACUCCGUGGAGGAGGACAAGAGGAGCCCCUGCUGCAAGUCUCUGGUUCCGCAGACUCCCACCACUCUCUGCCGCUCAGUUGGACUGGCUAGGAAAGCGGACAACCAAACAGUGCUUCACCAGUUCUGCUGCCCCGCCCCAGAGGCCCCUGAGGGGGAGACCUCUACUGCCUGUGUCCCCAGCGAUGACCUUUCUCCAGACUCGUCUAUUGGGGAGGAAGGGAAGGGAGGAGAGGGGGAGCUGCAGAGUGAGGUCGAGUCACAACCACAGCCCGAGCAACAGCAGCAAGAGGCUCAGCCACAGACUCAACCACCACAGCCACAGCCCCAGUGUGAGCCCCAACCACAGACUCAGACUCAGCCUCAGCCUCAACCUCAACCUCAACCUCAGCCCGAAACCAAACCUCAGCCAGAACCCGAACCCGAACCCGAACCCCAGCCUGCACCGGAGCCGGAGCCGGAGCCGGAGCCGGAGCCCGAGCCCGAGCCCGAGCCCAAGGCCGAGCCUGAGCCUGAGCCCGAGCCCGAGCCCCAAGUCGAAGCUCCGAGAGAGGAAGCGGAACAGGACGCCUCUGAAGCUCCUUCACCUUGCAGAGAGGAGCAGACAGUGGUUGAGGAAGAGAAGGAAAUAUUGGAAGAAGUUGUGGAGGCAAAGAGAAAGCAAGAGGGAGAGGAGACAAAGCCCGAGCGGCGUGAGGGCAAGGCAGCACAGGAAGAAGAGGAGGAGGAAGGGGGAGGAGCAAAAGGAGGUGGGGCGGGGAGGAGAGCCAGCCUGCACCACACGGCCUCGCCUUUGAGGGUGCAGCGCAACGGGGCCGGCUCGCACUCCGCCACCUCCGACUAUGAGCUCUCGCUUGACCUCAAAAAUAAGCAGAUCGAAAUGUUAGAGCACAAAUACGGGGGCCACCUCAUCUCCCGCCGUGCUGCCUGCAAGAUCCAGACUGCCUUCCGCCAGUACCAGCUCAGCAAGAACUUCGAGAAGAUCCGCAAUUCGCUGCUAGAGAGUCGUCUGCCUCGACGCAUCUCCUUGCGCAAGGUCCGUGUGCAAAACACGGAGGGUUUCUCUGCUGAACGGGCCCUGGCAGAAGGCUGCAAUUUGACAGGCAUCCCAUUGGUGCGCUCGCCGUCCCUGCCUGCCACAGUUGGUGGCACCCUGACCGACCUGGAAGACUCAUUCACUGAACAGGUCCAGUCACUGGCAAAGUCCAUAGACGAUGCACUCAGCAACUGGAGCCUGAAGACCAUGUGCUCACUACAAGAAGGUGGCACUUAUCAGUUCAGUGCCGACUCCUUCAAUGCAGCAGCGGCGGCAGCGGCAGCAGGAGGUGGAGGAGAAGGAGGCGGUGUGGGAGAGUCAACGAUUCCUCAAAGCUCGGUCGAUCCAAGUGACCUGUCGAGAAGCGCAAGCAAACUGAUGAUGGCGUUCCGGGAUGUGACAGUGCAGUUCGACAGCCAGAACUUCCGUGUUUCAUCCUCUGUCAUGGAAUCUUCAACUGUCACCCUUGGUAGCUGCAUCCAACCAGAAGGAGUCCCGACCAUUGUCACAUCUACUUCCACAACAACAAACUCCACUCCAGCCUACAUUCCUGCUGGCCUCUCACAACAACCCCCACCUCCCCCUGCAGAGCUCCCCGCUGAACCCAUAGAUCCCCCACCACCCCCACAAGAGCCCCCACCACCCCCAGAAUCAGAGUUAGAAGAAGACGAGCAGGAUGAUGAAUUUCCUGCUCCUCCUCCGAGUGAGGAAGAGCUGGGGGAGGAGGAGCAGCCACCCCUAACCCCUCUGGAUAAGAUGGCUGCUCCUCAAAGCCCAGAGGAGGUUUUUCUGGUGGUGCCACCACCCAGAGAGCCAACUUACGCCCCUCGACUACUGCUAGGGAGUUCGCCCAUGGUGGAGCCGCUGGAGGUCAAGAGGUGCGGCUCCGAGACAGCAGAUAACAGCUCAGAGCAGAUGAGCAGCAGCAGCACGUCCACAGAGGCACGCUCCACAUCUGAAGCCUCGUCCAAGGAGGCACUGCAGGCCAUGAUCCUCAGCCUGCCACGCUACCAGUGUGAGAACCCCGCCAGCUGUAAAUCUCCAACGCUGUCCACUGACGUGAUGCGGAAACGCCUCUACCGCAUCGGCCUCAAUCUCUUCAAUGUAAAUCCUGACAAGGGCCUUCAGUUCCUGAUCUCUCGAGGCUUCAUCCCAGACACACCCAUUGGCGUUGCCCACUUCCUGCUACAGAGGAAGGGCUUGAGCCGACAGAUGAUCGGAGAGUUCCUUGGCAACAGCAAGAAGCCCUUCAACAGAGAUGUCCUAGAUUGUGUGGUGGAUGAGAUGGACUUCUCAGGCAUGGAGCUGGACGAAGCGCUGAGGAAGUUUCAGGCCCAUAUUCGUGUCCAGGGAGAAGCUCAGAAAGUGGAACGUCUUAUCGAGGCCUUCAGCCAGCGCUACUGCAUGUGUAACCCCGACGUGGUGCAGCAGUUUCACAACCCAGACACCAUCUUCAUCCUGGCCUUCGCCAUCAUUCUGCUCAACACCGACAUGUACAGUCCGAACAUCAAGCCCGACCGCAAGAUGAUGUUGGAGGACUUCAUACGCAACCUACGAGGUGUGGAUGAUGGAGCUGACAUCCCCAGAGACAUGGUGGUGGGAAUCUAUGAAAGAAUACAACAGAGAGAGUUACGCUCCAACGAAGACCACGUCACCUACGUUUCCAAGGUUGAGCAGUCCAUCGUAGGAAUGAAAACGGUUCUCUCUGUCCCUCAUAGAAGACUGGUGUGCUGUAGUCGACUUUUCGAGGUGACUGAUGUCAACAAGGCCCAAAAGCAGGCAGCCCACCAGAGAGAAGUCUUCCUCUUCAAUGAUCUCAUUGUGAUCUUGAAGCUUUGUCCAAAGAAGAAGAGUUCCGCAGCCUACACUUUCUGCAAAGCAAUGGGCCUACUGGGCAUGCAGUUUCAUCUGUUUGAAAAUGAAUUCUACCCUCAUGGCAUCACCAUCCUCUCACCUUUCGGCUCAGACAAGAAGCAGGUACUUAACUUCUGUGCCCAAAGUGCUGAGGAGCUGCUCAAGUUUGUAGAAGACCUGAAGGAAUCAAUCGCGGAGGUGUCAGAGAUGGAGCAGAUACGCAUCGAGUGGGAGCUGGAGAAGCAGCAGGGAGCCAAGACACACUCAGUGAAGAACAACGGCACACAGUUAGAGCUGCACGGCAAACAGGGCUCCCCAUCAGGAAACCAGGAGAUAGAUGACAGAGGUGGACACAAUGCAGUAGAGGUGUCAAUUCACAACAGGCUUCAGACGUACCAGCUCAGCAGCAGCACGGCUCGGAGUCCCGAGAGCGUGGCCCUUCUUAACCAUCGGGGGGAGCUGCUUUUCCAGCAGGGGCCCCAGGGGCUAACCUUUGGGCCGGUCCCUCCUCCUCAGCACCCGCAGCUGCAGUCAGCGGCAAGCACCCCUGCCCACCACCUCCACCUCCAGCAGCACCACCAGCCGACUGUCAGCAUGGCUGAUCUGAGGCCCGAAACCCUCAUCCAGUGUCAGCAGAUCGUCAAGGUCAUCAUGCUCGACAACAGCGGCCACGGAUGCAUGGAGGCCUUCCUCAGCCAAACGCCCACACACCACCACUACCAGCAUCACCACCACAGUCACCACCAGCUCAGUCAGUCGGCCAUGUCCACCCCGGUCCGCUCGCCGGACAGCUCCCAUGGCAACUGACGGUCACCAGCCCCCGCUGCCUCCCCCACCUCCGCCUUACAACCAUCCACACCAGUAUAUACCCCCCGACCCCCGCCUCAGUCUACACCGGACCCCAAGUGGCUCUCGGAGCAUGGUGUAAAUAAAAAAAUUAGUAUUCUUUCCCUAAAACACACACUUCGGCACACACUCCCACACAAACCAUUCUCCACCUAUUUAAAAGUACAUAAUGUACAUAUAUACAUACAGAUGAAAGAGCUAUAAUGAAAAAAAGAAAUCUCACUUAUAUGCAUAUAUUUAAGGAAAAAAUAAAGUAAAAGAAAAAUCAAGGUUUUAAAAGAGAAACAGAGAAAUAAAGUGCAUAUAUAAAGUUUUACUUGAUUCCACAUGUAUUUUGAAAUAUUAUGUAGUUUUAACAAAUUUCUAUAACUUUUUGUCAGUUUUAACUCUUGCUAGAGAAAACACAGAUAUUCAGUUUCUGGAUGGAUUCCUUCUUGUAUUCAUCACCAACAACAACAGAAAUGGACUGUGAUGGAUUGACACACUCCUAGGACCUUCCGCAUCUGUUCGCUUUUAUCAUCCCAAACCUCAUGCCUACUGUGCUGUAUGUGCGCGUGCGUGCAUAGUUGACACUUAAUGAAAACGUGUGCCAAAAUACAUAGCCUCCACUAAACACUGACUUCUUUGCACUUGACUAAACGCUAGGGCUAGAAGAAAAGAAAAAAAAAAAACUCCUUCCUUUACUUUGAGAAAAUAGUCCUUCCACUCUUCUCCAUCAUGGAGAACAAAAAAAAUGAAUAACAAAACUGAUAUUUCAUUUAAAAAAAGAAAAAAAAAGAACUAUAUCCCCGGUUUGCGCCGUUGCUGUUUUAUUUAUGUGAUGGAGAGCCUUCUUUCUUCUUCUCUGCUCCCCUGGAUAAAAAAAGAAAAGAAAAAAUGACAUCGUCCGAUAAGCUGCGUUUGUCAUCCGCUCCUCUGUUGUGUUGAGGUUCUCUAUCAUGAGACAACACUCAAUUGUCACUCUCCAUAGAUCAUUCUACAGUGAAGUAUGACAGGUAACAAAGGCAAGCAAUCAUCUCACAUGGAUGCUGUCAAAACCAAAAAGUCAGCCCAGAAUGGUCCUGUUGAUUGUUGUAUGUCUUUUCCUCUCCAUAUUUAUUAUCGCUUCCCAGGAGUUCUUGCCACAUGUUGUCUGCUGAUGGAGGGAAAGUUUUUUUAUCAUAUUUUGAAAUAGUUUUAUCUGCUGAAACUGCUCUCGGACUUUUCUAGACCGACAGCGAUUCAGCAUUCUCAUGUAAUAAAUGUACACAGUGCUGUCAUCUGUUGUUUGUGAAAUGCUCCCUCUCCUUGAAUUUCCAUGAAGAUGCUACCGCUACCGCUACAACUGUCAAGAUCUUUGUUUAUUUGGAUUUGCUUAAAGCAUAUUCCACCUUUGUGUGUUUUCCGUCGGUGGAUAAAUGCAGGACUCCACCCGCAAAACAUCCAGACACCGUCUCUUUAUGUCGGUAUAACUUCCAUGGUUUUGUUUCAGCUCCUUUCUCUUCCCUGCUAACCUUUUAGUCUGACAUUUUCAAAAAGGCAAAAAGUACGGAGGCACACACACACAGCUUAUAUUGCAAAUGCUGGCAUUAAUGGUACUGUUUGUGCUGUUGGCUAGCCUGCUUUAAAUAAGAAAAGGACAAAAAUAAUGCAUUAUCUGAUCUCUUUCUACUUCACGCCAGCCUCGAUUGUAAAUAUCACAUUCAAGCAGUGUCGGAAAGGACAAGCAAGCUACCUUUAGCCUCGUCAAAAUGCUAUUACCCUGUCACGCGUCCUUCAUUCUGAAAUAGGUCAUCAUCCAUCUUUUAAACAUAAGCCACACCAGGUACUGCGCAAUGGAUGUUCGGUUAACUCUGCUCCUAUCAGACCCCCACCUGUGUGAUUUGUUGAUUUAUAAUCACAGAGCCACUGCAGGGAGGUCUCUAUCUCAUCUCUCUGUCCUUUUGCACUCAACAUUUCACCCAGUGGAAAGACAGAGGUCGCAGAAAAAGAUAAUGAGUGUGUGUGACCUCAUAGUAGCAUCCUAACUUUCCUGUAAACAAAUCCGACCUCUCUCCCGUUCAUUUCUUUUGUCAUUAUUUCUUUUGUUAUUAUUAUCACAGCACCAUGAGAAGAAAUUGUGCUUUCAAAAUGAAUGAGGAGCUAUUACGAAAAUGUUAAUAUUUUUUAUUAAAGGUUACGUAAUACAUUUCAGCGUACAACAUCUAAAGUUAUUGACAUUUUGGAUUUUACAUUGAUGUAUGAUGAUUGUAUGAUUGCUCAUUUAUUUGUUUAGAUCAACAUUCAGAUAUAAAUGUGAUUAUGUUUUCCUGCAUGCCAUCAGUUUGGAAGACUAUUGAACUUUGAUUCCCAAAGGUUUUGAUUUGUUCGUGCAUGACUGAAUUUGCUGUGAGCACACUGGUGGAAAAUAAGGAUGACAGAUUUCUUUUUUUUUUGUGGUUCAACUAAGAAAAAAAAAGCAAACACAGUUAAACAGAAAAUCGAUUUACAAUGGCAAAUUUUAGGCCAAACAGUGGCCAUUUUGUUUCCCUGUCCAUCACAACCUUUUCUUUAUGGUUGCACAGUUUUCCCUACUUGACAAUGUGUUUAAGCAUUUUUGGGAGAAAGACAUCCUGUGUGUCCAAUCAACAUGAAUAUGAGGCUCACUGAAAAUCAUGAGUUUAUGUUUGAAAGGAAACCAAUGUAGCAUUUUGGUAGUGCAGAUGAUAUGGAAGCGUAGUAGUGGCUAACUUUCUUAAAGAAACAAAAAAAAAAGGGCUUUGCCAUACCAGUGCACCGCUUCAUGAAUGACAUGUGGAUCUUGUCUGCCUCUUCAACACUGU